GUGGCAAGCCGAAGAGCAGGAAGGAGCACGGUUUCUCUAGCACAAGUCCCGAAAAGUCCUCAGAAUUAGUGCGAAAAAAUACCUCAAGAUGCCGGCCGCAACGACACCCACCGCGGCGAAGACUGAGAAGGAGGACAACCUCUGGAUCGGCCUGAAGCACCACAUAAUGCACGAGCGACAGCUGAAGAAGCAAGAACUCGAAGCUGAGGUGGAGGAGGAGCGGCUGCGGAAGGAGCGCGAGGCGCGCGAGCGCCAGGAUGUGAUGACGCUGGGCGAGACGCGCGAUGAGAUUCAGAUCCUGGACAAGAAGCUGCAGGAGCUGAAGAACAAGAAGCAGGAGCUCUUCCUCAAGCUGAAGAUCGUGCUGAACCAGGACGAGGUGCGGAAGAAGCAGCAGCAGCAGAUGGACACGCUGGAGACGCUGAAGGGCGUGGGAAUGCAGCUGCAGCCCGGACAGCACGCGCAGCUCUUCAUGCCGCCGCGCACGAUGCACCAGCAGCAGCUCAUCCCCAAGAUUCAGCAGGCUGGACCGCCGGUGGGCGUGCAGGGCCAGGUGAAGCGGCCCAGGAGUCCCUCGCCCAACGCCGGGCAGCAAGGAUACUACAAGACGAACAGCGGCCAGCCGUAUUCCCACCCAAUAAAAAUCGAGGAGGGCAGGAGAGCUGGAGACGUGAUGGGGAGAGCAGUUCUGUGGAAUAAGCCCACGCAGCAGUACACAAACGCGCCGGGGACGCUGUUCUUCCCCACGGCGAACCAGAGCCCGGUGGAGCCGCGCAACCAGUCCAUCAUCUAUCCGAACUACUCGGCGAAUCUCAGCAUGCCGCAGCAGAAUCUGCGCCAGAGCUACCACGUGGAGAUGGCGCCGGGGCAGGGCCAGAUGAAGGGCGAGAUGACGGUGAAGCCCAUUGGCGCCGGACAGGUGCCGCCGCAGCCGCCGCAGCGCAACCACCAGAGCCAGGUGACGCUGGAGAAGAUCCCCGAGCGCGCGCCCGCGCAGGCCUCGGCGUAUCACCACGACGAGCGCAAGGACAUCCGCGCGCCGCCGCCCGGCAUCGUGUACACCACGCAGCCCAUGCGGCCCGGCCAGAUGCCCAUGCCGUACCAGCAGCAGCCGCCCAAGCCGCACUACUCGCGCCACCGCUACUGAAAACGGGCGCGCGGGGCGGGAAUCCGGGGAAUAAAGACGAUAAUGUACUGUAAGCUACGACUGCCUUUGCCUUCAUUGCAUUCGCACUUCUGAUACUUGACUGGAGAGGAUAAUUUGCGAUCCAUCAGGAGCGAAAGACGAGCUUUUCUUUCGUGUUUCUUCCGUAUUUAGUACGAAAGUGUCUUCGCUAAAGGAUCUGCGAAUGUUUAACAUUUUGCUUACGAAACACUGUUGAAAUCAGAAACGAGAUUGUUUCGUUGCGUAUUUUUCUCAAAUAAUACAGAAAUUGAUAAAUCAAAGUUUUUUAA